AAAAGAAUAUUGUUACACGUUUUAUCUCUCUCUAGUCGUCGUCUUCCUCUUCUUCUGCUACUUCUUGUUUCCUCUGAUGAAUCCCCACAAGACAGAAGAUCUGUUCCACCACCAUGGCCUUGGACCUCCCGACAUGGUCGAUCAAUCCCAGCCGUCCAUUCACCAUGAUCAUCAUCAUCAAUAUCACCGCCACCACAACCCCGACGAUGAUCCACCCUUCUCUCUCCCGGAAUUCGUCCUCUUCCGCUCCUCCACUUCCGGCGAGUCUCCGGCGCAAUCUUCCGACGAAAAAGAUGACGCCUCUCAUCCCUCCGCCGGAAUCCCCAAAAUCGCUCCCGCGCCUAAUCCUAGGGUUUCGAAUCACGGAGGAGGAGGCGGCGUUUUCAUCAAUCCCGAGCCUCAUGUUUCAACCCAGUUUUACACGUUCAACGCAGAUUCUUACGCACUCAUGAUCCGUUGCCUCCGCGAUCACCGGCUCGCGACGCCGGCGGAGAUCCGCGCCGCCACGCCGAGGGCCGUUCUCAAGUCGUGGCGCUCUGUCUGGAAGGACCGAAAUGAGGACACUGCGUAUCUCACGGCCUGGAAACGGAUCCAGGACAAGCUCACUGCGCGCGUCGACCCAUCUUCCGGUAACGAGUUUCUCUGCUUCAAGAACAACUCUCAGCAAUUCGUCUCCCACAUUAAUCAGUGGCAAGACAUCGUCAUGAGCUUUCAUGAUGAUGCCGAUUUGAAACACCUAUGCCUCAAAGAGACAAUAGACAGGAUUAAGCAAGUGUGGACUGUCGGUGCUAAGUUCUAUGGCAUUCCUGAGAGUUAUAUUAGGGUUUGUGUUGCGGCCUGUCCUAUCUGCAACGCUGACUCUGGGUCAGUGUCAAGGAGCAAACGGCGCAGAUUUGAGUACACUGAGUCAUUUGAUGUGCCUGCCAAAGAAGUGCCCCAUAGGUUGCAGCAAUUGGCGGCUAAGCAUAAGGUUGUGCUCUGCAUUAGACAGAAGUAUAUUAGGUAUAAGCCAUUCAUGGCAGAGGUGAAGGAUUAUGCUUGUCAUAGGGCUGGAGAGCCCGUCUUGAAGAAGUCUAGGAUUCUGAAGAGGGAACCCUAUCAAUCAAAGAGAUGUGGUUGUGGUUUUAGGAUUAGGGCUAUUGUGCCAAUUGCUAACUACAAUGAAAAGGACAAGACCUUUGUAUAUCAGGAAGAAGGGAUCGCUGUCUUCAAGUUAUAUGCCGUGCAUUCUGGGCAUGAGCCGGGGGCAAUGGAUGGGAAUGCGAGAAUCAUGCAUCGGGUUAUUGGGCACAAGGGAGGAUUUUUUCUGGACCAAGACACUGUCUAUGGGGUAAGGGAGGAGUUAGAAAACGAAGGGGUUGGAUUAAUGGGGAAGGGUGAUGGGGAUAUGCACUUCUCUGUUUUACAGCAAGUGCAAGAACUAAGGAACGAACUCGGCACACUUGAGGGCAGGAUCGGGAAGAUCCCACGAGAGUUGUUGGGUUCGGUGUCAAGGGAAUUGUUUGAUAUUCUAGACAAAAUACGGAAUUUGGGAGAUGAGAAUGCAAAGUCUGGCAACCCACCCUCAGGUGAAGAUCUUCUAGGAGACAAUGAUUUAGCACAUUGGAGUGACCAUCACCAUGAACAGUUGUAUGGGGAUGGGAAGGAAGCUGAGCUCAUCGAAGAUGACGAGGACAGUUUUGGGAGGAGCCUUGAUGACGUUGUACCUUGGGAACAGAUACGGCCCCCAAAGGAUCUCUUGUCUGAGCCUUGUAAGCCUGAGAAAUGGCUGAAGUGCAAUGACUUUGAUGAGAAGAGUAUUCUCAAUUGUGAAGAUACUAAACUAACAAAGCCCAUGAGACUAGAUGCGGGUAUAGCUACGGAUGUAGGUUUAGUCGGCAUACAAGUGGAUAGCUUCUAUCAGGAAAACUCCAAAUGGUAUGAUUCUCCUUGUGGGUUGGAUUCCAACACAGACUGCGGGGACAGAUUCAGACACGGGGAGGUUUUGUAGAAAUGGAAAGUUCCAGGUUAACCGACACUAACUGCUGUUUGCAUAGUGGGGAUUCAGUUGUAAAUGCAUGUAUUCUGGAACGAUUCAGGUCUAUUGUACUGUAGGAGUUGUUGUUGUGAUGGUUUCUUGCAUAUACAUUAUUAGAUUGCUAACCACGAUGUGAACCUUUGAGAUUUUUUGGUGGGUUCUUGUAAAGCAUAUCAGUCGUCACCUGUGUACCUUUUCAUUUGUAUUUUGACUUGGGUUCUCGAAACGCUUCCUCCCUGUGGAAUAUGUAGUCUUUCUUCUGUUUACUCACAGGAAAUAUCUGCCAUUCAUACACCAAGAUGGCCAAUCUGUAAGCUCUUUUGCAGUUCCAAGAACAACACAUGGUCUCGGCUGCUACUUCUCAAGGUCUCUCUCUCUCUCUCUAGAAUGGCUCUCCUAUUGAUUCAUGUUAUUGGGUGUGGUUCUUGGUUUGGGUUAUCUGCUGGUGCCAAUGUGAAUCAGAGUGUGGCUAACGGUUAGGUGACCCACCAACUAUUAAACAAGAUCCUAACGACCUAACCGGAAGUGGAAGCCGGCAAUUUGGCCGCCGGGAAGUUCAUGGCUGUGAGCUGGGUCGCCACUUGUUGUUGAAGAAGUGCCCUGUCAUCUAUGGCCAGAGGAUCUUCUUCCCACAAGUCAAAGUCUGAUGGAUCGGUCGGAGAAUGACUGUUGGGGACCACCACCUGCGGUAAGGAUGGCUGUGUCAUGUCCGAAGGCGACGACCACCGGAGACUCGGUGGUAUCUGCAGUGAAGGGUGCAGCUGUUGCGGAGGAAACCGCUGAAAUGUGGAGAGACGUGCCUGAAUGUAUGCGAGUUCCGCUUGCAAUUUCACCACCUGUUUUACACAGCCAUUGUGUGUAUAUAUGUUAUAUGCGGAGUAUUUUUCAUCAGAUUGUAUUUUCUUGCAUCAUGAAUCAAAUGCCAUUUUUUGUUCCAA